AUGGUUGGCUUUGACAUGCAUGGUUUGACCCCAGCCCCGGUCACCCCCUUCACCGAGGAUGGUGCGGUGGACUACCCAGCUAUCCAGCGUCUUGGAUCAUGGCUUGGUAGUAUUGAAGGCGUGAAAGGACUUGUGGUCCUCGGGCAUGCUGGAGAAGGCACCUUCCUCACCAUCGAGGAACAAGUCUCUGUCAUCAAAGCUUUCGUCAAAUCAGUCGACAACAAAGUACCCAUCAUCGCUGGUAUCACCGGCGAGGGCACUGAAGUGGCUGCCAUUGAAGCCAAGCGUGCGAAGGAAGCCGGUGCAGCUGCCGGUCUCCUCUACCCUUCCCAUGGCUGGCUGCGCUUCGGAUACCAGCCUGGUGCCCCACAAGACCGAUACCGUCGAGUCUACGAAGUCUCCGGUCUACCUCUGAUUCUCUUCCAAUACCCCGACAACACGAAGGCUACUUACAGCCUACAAACCAUGUUGGACAUCGCCGCUCAACCCGGCUGUUUUGCUAUGAAGAACGGCGUGCGAAACAUGCGCCGCUGGGAUACCGAGAUCCCUGUCAUCCGUUCCCAACGACCGGACCUUCAGAUCCUGUCUUGUCACGAUGAGUACCUGCUACACACCUCCUUUGACAUUGACGGUUUCUUGGUCGGAUACGGAAACAUUGCGCCGGAGCCUCUCAUCGAGCUUAUCAAAGCUGGCAAGGCCAAGGACUACAAGAAGGCCCGUGAGAUCCAUGAUCAGCUUUUGCCUCUGACAAAAAGUGUGUAUCACCGUGGGUCUCACAUGGAGGGGACUGUGGCUCUCAAGCAUGCCCUUGUUGCUCGGGGAAUCCUGACUCACGCAACUGUGCGACCGCCUCUUUUGCCGCUUGGGGAUGGUGCUGAACAGGAGAUUCAUGCUGCUAUCAGUGCCGCAUCACUCAGCAAGGUAGUUCUUUAG